CAAUUUGGUCACGCAGAGUAAGUUCACCACGCAAUUUGCAUAGCCUAUCUUAAAACAUGGCUGAUUGUUUUAGCUAAUUACAAAUUCGACUUUCUUUCUGUCAGUAGAAACUAAAAGUUCAAAUUUGAAAGGCAAUCUGCCCUUUUUCCCCAGGUGUAAUCUACAAAGUAACACGGGCAUUCCUCUUGCUUUGUCCAAAUCGAAAUUUAUUGCGUCUAAAUAGCAGCAGCUCUUCAAAAUCUGCUUUUAAUAAACAACAAAAAUUAUUUGGCAAACCGCAGACCGCUCCGCUCUUACGACGACUUUAAUUCCGGGGAAUUGUCAAUUUUGGAAUGAUGCAGCAGGGAAUUUAGUCCUACUCACGCGAAUUGAUUCAACACUAGAGCACAUAGUCAUACAAAAUACGCGCAAUUUCUCUCUUCUAUUGCGCAAAAGUGUAAUUUAAAGGGGGAAGCUUUUAUUUAGGCCUCAAAUUGUGAAAUCGAAUGCUAGUCAUACUAGUUUGUUCAACUCAAAGUGUGCGAAUACACGUAUAAAGAUAGAGAUAGAAAGAGAGGCACAUAAUAGCACAGAGCUAGCUAAAGUAAAGCACAUUUGCUUUUGAAUAUUAUUCGGCUCAUGCUUUUCUAUUUUAAUACUCCGAAGGAGCUUUAGAUUGAGUUGAGGCGUUUAUUUCACUUGCAGUAUAUAGCUUAGCUCCUAUUCCUCCGUCCCUUGCCUUUUCCUAGUUAUCCUGGAUAGAAUUUACUUCUUUAUUCCACGGAGCAUUAGGUUACUUGACCGCAUUCAAUUUAGUACACUGUCAUAUCAAACUAGACUGAAUUUUGCGCCGCUAAAUGACUCAUUCAAACGAAAUUGACCCGAUGUGUUGCCGUGACUUUAGAAUUUAAGGUCAGAAUAGAAACCCACACGACGGCAGAACCCACAGCUUUAGCUCAUCCUUCCAACCACACAUUGACAACAACGCUGCCGACGUUCCCGACCCCUUUGUGUGUUUCCGAGGACCAAAUAGCCCAGAUUUUGCUGUCUCUGAAAGCUCAAAAUUCCUUCUACGACGCGUUUUUGAGCCCACAAGCCAGGAAACUGCUUCGACUUGACCCGAAAGACUAUUUCACAAGGUGCAGUUUCAGCCAAGCCGAAGACAUAGGUCGCGACUCGUGCUGUAUCUCGCCUGCUUCGGCCGCUGACCGAUUAGGUCUCGUUGAAAACAUGAGAUAUACGAAAAACAGCAGCAAAAAUAUGGAAACCCAAAUGAUACCUAAUGUUGCCCCACACCACAUAGCGCCCUAUCACAAUCACAUCCUAAGUACAGUACAUCAUCAUCACCACAACGGAACAACAACGGGGGGACAUCACAUAAACCCCACCCACCCCCACCACCACCAUCAUCAGAAUCACCAUCACGUGAAUGGCGCAUUGGUGCCCCCCUCGCCGCCCAGUCCCAAGGACAAGUGCAACAAGGGGGGUUUAGUGGGGGGUGGGCAGGUGGGAAGUAACAAUAAUGGGGGAGUCACAAACAACAACAAUGGGGAGGAAGUUCAAGCAGACAGACCCAUUGGAUAUGGUGCUUUCGGAGUAGUGUGGGCCGUGACUGACCCGCGGGACGGGAAGCGGGUGGCACUGAAGAAGUUGCCCAAUGUGUUCUCCAAUGUCAUCGCUGCCAAAAGGGUCUUCAGGGAACUCAAGAUGCUAUUCCACUACCGACACGAAAAUGUGUUGAAGUCGUUGGACAUCCUGCAACCUCCCCACAACAUAUCUCUGUUCCAAGAAAUCUACCUCAUCUGCGAGCUAAUGCAAAGUGACCUGCACAAGAUCAUAGUCUCCCCCCAGCCCCUCUCGCUGGACCACGUCAAAGUUUUCCUCUACCAAAUUCUCAGGGGUCUGAAAUACAUCCACUCCUCUGGAGUAAUUCACAGGGACAUCAAACCCGGAAAUCUGCUUGUGAAUUCGAACUGCUGUCUCAAAAUUUGCGACUUCGGCCUCGCCCGCAAAAUUGAACCCAACUCACGCCGCAACAUGACGCUAGAGGUCGUCACGCAAUACUACAGGGCACCCGAACUACUGAUGGGCGCCACGACUUACACCUCCUCAAUAGACACGUGGUCUGUGGGCUGUAUCUUCGCAGAACUCCUCAGUCGUCGGAUCCUGUUCCAGGCCUCCAGUCCAGUUGUCCAGCUGGAUCUCAUCAUUGACCUGCUGGGAACACCGCCAGACAUGGAGUUGAAGAAUGCAUGUGAACCUGCAAGACGACAUGUUUUAUCACAAUCUAGAAAAGUGCCACAACUAAAUUCUCUGUACCGCCUCAACAGCAGUGCUCCUCCCCACGCAAUCUACCUUUUGAGCCAGUUCCUUACCUGGUCUCCAGAGAAGCGAAUCUCAAUCCAGAGUGCCCUGGAACACCGAUUCCUGGACGAGGGUCGCCUAAGAUACCACACUUGUAUGUGUAACUGCUGCUACAAUAGUGCCAGAGAUGGAACCAGGGUUUACUCUAAGGACCUGGAUCCAGUAUGCGAGACUGCUUUCGAUGCUUCUUAUGAAGACCAGCUGCGAAUGAGGAGCAUACAGGAUGUCAAGUAUAUGAUCCACAGCUACAUCAUGGACCAUCAGCAGAACAACAAAGUGCCCCUCUGUAUUAAUCCAUCUUCGUCAGCCUACAAGUCAUUCGCCAAUUCUACAGUCGCCCAGCCAUCCGAACUGCACUCGCCCGCCGGCUGGUAACAGCCUCGAACCCCGGACCUCGUGCUUCACAACUCCGAUAUAACACCCAACACAGUGCAUCUCUUGGCCUUGCAAAUUAGCCAUACCAAUACCAUUCCGCAAAGCUCUUCCCUGGUUGAGUUAAAGUCGAUUAUUGAAGCGAUCUGAAGUGACGGGGGUGGGGGGGGGGGGUUGAAUGAAGUUGUGCGAUGACGACUUGAAAUGGACCGCGUUGUUCUUACUUUACUUACUAGUAGAUAAUGUUUGCUUAUGUUUCUUCCUUUUAUUUACAACUUAUUCUACUAUUUUAAUCUCAGCCGGACAACCCGCUCUUCUCAACCGAACUCAAACCACCGACCCGCAGCGAACCUAUUUUGAAUUUAUCUGUGCGGCGCCAACUACGACAACCAACAAUCUGUAAUUAGCUCUUGUCAUGAAGUCUCGCGAACUGGAUUCCUAUCUACAGAUUAAACGUGCAAUUUAAGAGGUGCUCUAUCAAUGAAAAUGACACGAGAAUUGACUUGAAAAAUCUGAGAUCUUACUGAAGCGAAAUUAUCUGGAUCUCUGUGAGUUCAGCUGUCAAAUUAUGUUUAAGAAGGUCAAUUUCGAAGAUGCCAAAAAAUAUAUUUGAAAAGGAGCAGAUGUUAAAAUUUGGUUCGCAGUAUUCGUGGGUGGCAGUGGUUUAAUCGGCUGCAGAAAAGUGAAACUUGAUUUUAAGAGUUGUUUCCGAGUAUUUCAUGGUGCUAUUAAACACAUCCUUUGCAGUAAUAAAAUAAUAAACAAAGCGAUUAUAACUCUUCUCUUUACUGUUUUUGUGCUCAUUUAAUUAGAUGACCUCUCCUGAAAUAAUGAGCUGAAAUAAUCUUUAGUACACUUUUACCUUAUCUUAACUUUAAUAUCCUAUAAAUGUAUUCUACUUGUACGUUAAAUGUGUGUUGUUGUACCAAAGCUACUCACGUCGUCUUAUUCUCAAAAAUUGUCUAAUACUUUCAAACAACUUGUAUCUUUUAAAGUUUAUGUUAAUUUGGGUUGGCGUAAUAGUAAAAAUUUUCUUCCUUCAUCAGAUUUAGGUAAAAAAACUUUUAGGUAAAACAUAAGUUUCAAG